UACUUGUUCUUUUGUAAUUCCAUUCUCUCUCCCUCUCCUAUCUCUAUCUCUCGUGGGGUUUUAUAUAUACACACACUAAAGUGACUCCAUACCAGAAUAGUUUCCCUUCGUAUAAGGCUAAGUUACGUCAUUACCUUAAUGUGACACCAUCAAAAAAUUGUUUCUUGUUUCCUUCUGCUAUCAAUUUGCAAACCAAUUCACUCUUUAAUCUCUCUUACGUGCAGCCAAACUUGAUAGGUAAACACACACUUAGUGCAAUUAAUCUUGUUUUUAUUCAAGAUUGCGCGGAUAAAUUUACCUAUCAUGGUUUUAAAGAAGAUCACAAGAAGAGUCAAAACAAUUGUCACAACACCUUUCAAGAAACAUUCCAAACACUAUAAACCUCCUCUACAACCAGAACCACCACCUCCACCAAAAUCCCCUGAAAUGUCUCCACUUCAACCCCAAAGUAGGCCAAUUUCACAACCUUUUCUCUUUCCAACAGCAAAAUCCACUGUCCUUCCUGAACCAUCAACAUAUUUUGCUCAUCAUCUCUUAUCAACCCCUUUGCCCACAAAUUCUUUCUUUCAAAACUUUGUGCUAAAAAAUGGUGAUCAGCCUGAAUAUAUUCAACCAUAUCUUAUCGAAUCAUCAAAUUCAUCUCUCACUCUUUGUUACCCACCUCAGUUCCAUAAUCCUGCUUUCAUUUACCAAAUAUUCAAUGCUGAUAUCACUAUUAGUACAUUGAAUAAUCCAAAUCUAAAUGCACCCCAUGUUAUUUCAUCAUUUAGUGAUCUUAGUGUCACAUUGGAUCUUCCAUCAAGUAACCUUAGGUUCUUUCUUGUCAGGGGAUGUCCCUUUGUUACUUGUAAUGUCAUUGGUAAUGUUGCACUUAGAAUUUCAACGAUUCACGCGAUUCUUGAAUGUUCUUGGAAUGCUACUCUCACCAAAUAUAACAUUAAGCUCAACAAUGGCCAAACUUGGCUUUUGUACGCGUCUUCGCCUAUCAAUUUGAGCAAUACUGAUGUGAAUAAUAUCACUUCUAGUGAGUUUUCGGGGAUAAUAAGGAUCGUUCUUUUGCCAAAUUCUGAAAACCCGAUGUAUGAAUCAGUUCUUGAUCGGUUCAGUUCUUGUUAUCCUAAAUUUGGUAAUGCUGUUUUCAGUCAGCCAUUUAGUUUGGAGUAUAAGUGGGAAAAGACUGGAUGGGGAGACUUAUUGAUGCUAGCUCAUCCCCUUCAUCUCCAGCUGCUUUCGAAUCGUUCAGUAAUUAUCUUGGAAGAUUUUAAGUAUAAUAGUAUUGAUGGUGAGCUUGUUGGAGUUGUUGGAGAUACAUGGUUAUUGAAAAGUGAUCCAAUUUCUGUAACAUGGCAUUCAAUUAAAGGUGUAAAAGAGGAGUCUUGUUCUGAAAUAAUUGAUGCUUUGAAUAUAGAUGUCGCGGACUUGAACUCAAUGUUAAUCUCAACAUCAUCGUCUUACUUUUAUGGAAAGUUAAUUGCAAGAGCUGCAAGAUUGGCAUUGAUAGCUGAAGAAGUUUGUUACCAUGAUGUUAUACCAAUGAUCCGCAAAUUCUUGAAGGAUACAAUUGAACCUUGGUUAGAUGGGACUUUUGAAGCAAAUGGUUUCUUUUAUGAUACAAAAUGGGGUGGAAUUGUAACUAAACAAGGUUCAAUGGAUUCUGGUGCUGAUUUUGGCUUUGGAAUUUACAAUGAUCAUCAUUACCACAUUGGUUAUUUCCUUUACGCUAUAGCAGUACUUGCCAAGAUCGAUCCAAUGUGGGGGAGAAAGUAUAGGCCACAAGCUUAUUCACUUAUGGCGGAUUUUAUGAACUUAAGCAGGCGAGAAAAUUCACAUUAUACGCGGUUGAGGUGCUUUGAUUUGUGGAAAUUGCAUUCUUGGGCAGGAGGAUUAACCGAGUUUGCAGAUGGAAGGAACCAAGAGAGCACAAGUGAAGCAAUAAAUGCAUACUAUUCGGCAGCUUUAAUGGGAUUGGCUUAUGGCGAUACUCAUCUUGUUGCUAUUGGAUCAACUCUUUUAGCAAUGGAGAUUCAUUCAGCACAAACUUGGUGGCAUGUUAAAGAAGAAAGCAGCAUGUAUGCAGAAGAAUUCGCGAAAAAGAACCGUGUGGUUGGUGUUUUAUGGUCUAAUAAAAGGGACAGUGGCCUUUGGUUUGCUCCAGCUGAAUGGAAAGAAUGUAGGCUUGGAAUUCAGGUUUUACCUAUAUUGCCUAUUACUGAAGUUCUAUUUUCCGAUGUUCGGUUUGUGAAAGAACUAGUUCAAUGGACAAUGCCAGCUCUUGCAAGAAGUGGUGUUGGAGAAGGAUGGAAAGGGUUUGUGUAUGCUUUAGAAGCAAUGUAUGAUAGAACAAGUGCUUUGGACAAAACUAAGAGAUUAACUGGUUUUGAUGAUGGAAACUCACUCACAAAUCUUCUGUGGUGGAUUCAUACUAGAGAUGAUGAAGCAGAGGAAGGUGAUAGAGGGAACAACUUCUGCUGGUUUCGUCAUUACUCUCAUUGAAUUUAUGGUAAUGUAACAUUGAGUGAAUUAAACAAUUGUCUUUGUUACAACAAAAAUUGAUGUGCUAGUUUGGUAAUAUGGUACUUUUCAUUUGUGUUGUCUGUAUAUAAACUACAGCUUUAUGCUCUUAAUAUGGAUGCUGUAAUACUUAUACAAAUUGUUUGGAAAUAAAUGAUCAAGCUUGGAUU